AUGUCAGCACAGUCAUCACAGUUCCAGCAGCUGGAGAAGCUCGGAGAGGGUACGUACGCCACGGUGUACAAGGGACGUAACCGUGCGACAGGUACGCUUGUUGCGCUGAAGGAGAUUAACCUGGACUCCGAGGAAGGGACGCCGUCAACAGCAAUCAGGGAGAUCUCGCUGAUGAAGGACCUGAAGCACCCAAACAUCAUCAACCUGUACGAUGUCAUCCAUACUGAGAACAAGCUGACGCUUGUGUUUGAGUACCUCGAUAGGGAUCUGAAGAAGUACAUGGAUAUCCACGGCAAUAACGGUGCGCUAGAGCCCGCGGUGGUGAAGAGCUUUAUGUACCAGUUGCUCAAGGGCAUAGACUUCUGCCACCAGAACAGGGUGCUACAUCGUGAUCUCAAACCUCAGAAUCUGUUGACGAAUUCUAAGGGAGAGCUGAAGAUUGGUGAUUUCGGGUUGGCCAGGGCUUUUGGGAUCCCGGUGAACACGUUCUCAUCUGAGGUUGUGACGCUAUGGUACCGUGCGCCGGAUGUCCUGAUGGGCUCCAGAAACUACUCCACCUCCAUUGAUAUGUGGUCUGCCGGUUGCAUACUGGCAGAGAUGUUCAUAGGACGUCCGUUAUUCCCUGGUUCCUCGAACGAAGAUCAGCUCAUGAAGAUCUUCAAAGUCAUGGGCACUCCAAACGAACGUACAUGGCCAGGGGUAUCACGUCUACCAAACUAUAGACCGAACUUUGACGUUUACAUUCCUCAAGACCUACGCAGUAUAAUCCCUAAUAUCGAUCCAUUAGCUUUGAACCUGCUCAACGGACUCUUACAGAUGAAACCAGAGAACAGAAUCAGUGCUUCACAGGCGUUACAACACCCCUGGUUCCAGGAAUACAACUUGCAAGGAGUUCCACAACAACAGCCUGAUCUACAACAUCAACAGCAGCAGCAGCAGACAUACCCACAACAUCCUCAGCAACAGCAGCAACAGUACUUUUGAAAUUCCUCUCUAUAUAAUGUAUAAUGGAGCCAAGGAGAAAAACAACAUCAUCAGUGGAUCUUUAACAGUGAUUCAUAGUUGUCAAUCCAAGAGUGUAGUGUUAUACACCCAUUUGGUGUAUUAGAUCAAGAACUAACCGUGCAAAUUGUUUGAUAUGGC